AUGGAGCUCCCCUUCAGCCUGGUGGAUACAGCUCUUUCCUCCACGCACAUUGACGCCAUCGACGCCCUUCGAGCCUUUUUCCUUUUGGCAUCCUGCACGAUACUCUCCGUCAGCAUCCUGCCAGAUUCGCUUCAUUCACGCUUCAUUCCUUAUGGCGCUCGUACAACUUCGACGGCCGACUCGCAGUCCUCGCAGUCCUCGCCCCCGGCGUCCUCGGACUCCUCCCCAGCCGCCCGCGCUCUUGACUACGCUGCCGCCUUGACAGUCCCUCACAGCUACUUCACGCAAUUCUACAUUGCCUCCGUUUUGGCCUCGGUCUUCUGGGCUGCGCAGCUUCUGUGUCAAGGAGCCGUGUUCCAGGCCUUUGCAACGAGAAUCAGUCCGGAACAUAUGCAACAGUCCAUGUCCAUACACCAAGUCUUCUUGUGCUGGGCGCUCAUGCUCAUUCAGGGUGCAAGGCGGCUAUAUGAGUGCAAGGCCUUCGCCAAGCCUUCAGCCUCAAGAAUGUGGUUUGUUCACUGGCUCGUAGGCCUUGCAUUUUACCUAGCAGUAUCCGUUACAAUAGCACCCUCUCUCCGCACCUUUGUCUGCAUUCCUCUUUUCUUGAUUGCAUCAGGCAUCCAACACGACUGCCACCAUUACCUCUUCUCUUUGAAGAAAUAUACCCUGCCCACUCACCCCAUCUUUCGCAGGAUCGUAUGUCCACAUUAUACGGCAGAGUGUGUGAUAUAUCUUUCGUUGGCUCUGCUGGGCGCGCCCAAGGGCGAGGUCGUAAACAAGUCGUUGUUGUCCGCUCUCGUAUUUGUUGUUAUCAACUUGGGCGUCACCGCUGCGAACACUAGGCAUUGGUAUAUGCGAAAAUUCGGCGAGGAGUCUGUGCGGGAAAGAUCGAACAUGAUCCCUUGGGUUUACUAA